AUGAGCUCCAGGGGCCCUCCUUCCCUGCCGUCCCUCCUGGUGCUGCUGCUGCUGCUGUAGGUCAACCUCAUCAACAGCUUCCGGCAAGAAAAUGAUGACCUUACUCAUCAAAGGAAGGGAGAGAGCCACCCACCUCUGCGGCGAUACAAGAGAAGAUGGGUUGUCACCACCUUGGAACUGGAGGAAGAAGACCUCGGGCCCUUUCCCAAAUUUGUUGGAGAGGUAAGGCAUAACAUGUCUAAUCACACGGCACUGAUGUAUUUAACCAGUGGGCCGGGUGUGGGUGAGUACCCAGAGGUUGGUCUGUUUUCUGUAGAAGACCAUGAGAAUGGAAAGAUGUAUGUUCACCGCCCUGUUGACCGAGAGACAACGCCGUCUUUCCCGGUUUACUUCAAUGUUGUGAAUCGCUAGACAGGAGAGAUCGUGGACAGUUCCUUGACCUUCAGCGUCAGGAUCAGCGACAUAAACGAUCACGCAGCGCAGUUCCCUGAGGAGAAUUCAGUGUCAGUGUGAGAGAACCACGCAGCAGGUCAACCUAUUUUUCAGAUGUUAACCAUUGAUUUGGAUCAAGAAAAUACUCCAAAUUCUCAAGUCCUUUACUUCCUUGUUUCUCAAACACCAUUACUGAAGGACAGUGGCUUCGAGAUCGACCGUGACAAUGGAGGAAUAUGACUCUUGGGCUGCUUAGAUUAUGAGAUGGCUCCUAGGUUUACACUUCUAAUCAGAACGAGGGACUAUGGGGAACCACCGCUGUCAGCCACCGCCACGGUUCACGCCAGUGUGCAGGAAGGCAACCACCACAGGCCCACGUUCACCCGGCAGGAUUACAAGAUCCAGGUUCCCGAAGGCCGAGUCAGCCCAGACGUGCUGCGUCUCCAGGUCUAAGACAGUGACUCGCCUUUCACAUCAGCUUGGACAGCAAAAUUCAACAUAUCCAAUGGCAAUGAAGACCGACAUUUUGACAUUCUGACUGACCCUGAGACCAACGAAGGAAUCUUGCAUGUUAUCAAGGCUUUGGAUUACGAAACUCACCUGCGGCGGAGCCUUGUCGUUGCCGUGGAAAACGAGGAGAUGCUCUUCCACCGUGAGGGGGGCGAGCUUCGGAAGCCCAGGGAGGCAGUGGCCAGAGCCACGGUGAGCGUGCAGGUGACAGGCCCCAAGGACCCGCCGGCCUUUCACCCCAGCAGCUUCACCGUCAGUGAGGUCGAAGGUGCCAGGCCUGGAACUCGUGUGGGAAGUUUUAAUGCUAUAGACCCAGACAGCAGCCAGUUAAGGUAUAAGCUGGUCCAUGAUCCUGCCAGCUGGGUCACGGUGGACGCACUCGGAGCAGUUGUCACCAGGCAGCAGGUUGACCGAGAGUCCCCUCACAUGAACGAUAGCUGCCACCCGCCGCAGACAGGGACAGGGACCCUGACGCUCUUCCUGUCCGACAUCAAUGACAAUGCCCCAACUCUCCAUCCCCGCCCUCAGUCCCUGGAGGUCUGCGAGUCCUUGGUGCCCAAGCCCCUCCUCGUCGAGGCAGAGGACAGCGACCUGGAACCCUACUCGGGCCCAUUCACAUUCGAACUGGACACUACCUGGGGACAUGCAGGAGACACGUGGAAAGUGGGAGAACAUUGGGGCCGGUCGGUGGAGCUUGUAAUGCUGAGAAGCCUGCCUCGUGGCAAUUAUUCAGUGCCACUUGUCAUUGGAGACAGACAGGGACUUUCCCAGAGGCAGACCGUCUAUGUGAGGGUCUGUUCCUGUCUUGGCGGAUCCACGUGUGUGGCAGAGCCAUCAGCCACAGGACCGGAGCCUCUCAUGGGAGUCCUUGCCCCUCUCUGUGCAGUGUUCAUGGCUCUGGCAGUCGCUCUGCUUUUCCUGCUGCGAUGCGACUGUGUGUCUGGAGCCAAGAGGCACAGCUGCCCUGUCCCGCAUGAAGGCCAGCAGACCUUGAUCACGUGCAACGAGGACAGUGGGGCCACUUCAGCCCAGGCAGUGGGGUCAGCGGUCAGGCAUCGGAUGCCCGCCCAACCCACGGGCACGGCGGAGGAAGGCGCCGAGCUGCUGCCCAGGUGGCACAUGGUCAAGCUGCCCUUGAUCCAACUCUCAAGGAGAGCUCUGACCACCUUCCCCCUGGAUGGUGGCCCUCAUACUCUGGUUUACCUGGGUACCAUGGUGCCCAGACGACCCCUGGAAGUGAGAGUCGGAGUGAUGGAGGAAAUCUUACUUCAGAAGUUCUGUGGCCUCAACACACUGGCCGAGAACACCGGGUACCUGCCUCACAUCUAUACCGAGGAGGGAGAGCUGGAGCGGGAAGAAACCCUGAGCUCGCUGUCCUUCUCAGAACACACUCUGCCUGGCCUGCUGGACUGGCCGGGGCCUGAGGCAUGA